AUGGACUCUAAUCAGCCCUCAAGCCCGGAGAGUUCCAGGGUGCUGCCCGACUACACCUCUACCAUCGCUCAGCAGCUGGGCAUAUUCAUAAAGGGCAAGUGUGCUACUUUUGCCUGCGGUGGCGCAAGCGAUGCCGAAGAGCAGAGCGAUGCUGAAGAGCAGAACAAUGCCGAAGCAGUCAAUUCCACUCAAACCCCAGUGGUCUUGCGUUGGGAUUCACAGCAAGCUCAGACCGUCACUUCGCGACUAUCGUUUCCUUUGGAUCCGCAGGACGAGACUGGGGCCAUGGCUUUGGCUCAGCUGAUGGAUGCAUGUCAGCCUGCAAGCUUUGGUCACAAUGGUGAAGCUGUACUCGAUGAAUCCUACUGCAAACCAACAAAAAUGGACCGUUCCGCCUUGUGCGUAGACUUCUUUCCUUACGAGGAGGGAAUCAUUGACACGAUUGCGCAGAUGCUGCUACCAAACAGCAGUGGCUAUGAAGGCAUCACCGGAAUUUACGCUGAGUUGUACAACUUGAAUAUCUACGCUGCUCCUUCUGGAUUUUUCAAGUCUCAUGUCGAUACCCCGCGGUCUUCUGCUCAGUUCGGGUCCCUCGUUGUCUCUCUUCCCUGCUACCACACAGGAGGCCAGCUUGUGGUGCAACAUGCUGGAAACUCCCAGACAUUUGACUGGGGCUCUGACGACCAGGAAAGCUUCAAACCUUGCAUAAAAUGGGCGGCAUUCUAUAGCGACUGCGAGCACGAAGUACUCGAAGUGACAAACGGUCAUCGCAUCACCUUGACCUACAACCUCUACCACAGUCCCGGUGUAGGGAAUAUGACGGACUACAGUGAGGCACUGGAAAUGACGUCUAUCCCCCUUUUCCACCAUGUACAAGAUAUGCUAAAGAAGAGCGACUUCAUGCCCGAUGGUGGCCAACUAGACAUCUAUUACCAACACUACUAUGCCCACACCCACUGCAACAAUGCCGAAGCCUUCCUAGCUAUCCUCAAAGGCUCCGACAUGGCCGUCUAUACCGUUUUCAAAGCGCUCAACCUCAACCUCGAAGUGCGCGCAAUUCUCGACAUCACAACCGACGAGUUUCAAAAUUACCUCGAUACGGAAGAAGCACUCCCGCAAGAACAUAAGCCCGACUACUUGUACGAGGAUACACCAUGGCCCCCACUUUUCCGCACACAUAGUGUAGUGGGAGAGCUGGGAGGUCGUUGGUGUUGUGAUGUGGUGGUAGAAGAGCACGAAAUGGACAAGUUUGUUCAGUUCUGGAGCGAUGAUUAUCGGAUGGUAGAAUGGGUCAACGAGCCUCAGUGUCUCGAGAUUGAUAUGUAUCAUGCGACGUAUGGGAAUCAGCCUGGCAUUAGGUACAUGUACUCCCAUGCUGCUAUCCUAGUGGCAGUACCGCCUGCAUCUGAGCGCGGAGUAUUGGGAAGUACUGAGUAA